AUGAAAUUCACUAUUGUGGCUACAGUCCUUCUUGGACUCUUGCUGACUCCAGCUCUUGCUGAAUACUUUCAGAAUGUGAAAUCAGUCAAGAAACAACCCUUCUACAGGAGAAUCAAUGUUGGCAUUGGCUACCAAACUCUGACCAUCGACAGUGAGACCCUUGUGGCAAUUAUUGAGGACAAAACAACCCGUGAAUCAUGGAAAACUGUUUGGAACUACGAUACAGGCUUUAUUGCAAGCAAAGUAGUGUCAGAGAAUAUCUGCUACAUUUCUAGAAUGGACAGAGUUGUGAUGCCUGCUCUUUCUUCAAUUGCUGUACUUGCUGAAGAGACUAAGAACGUGAAAGGCGAAAGAGUGGUUUCAAAGGACAUCAGAUACGUCAUCUCAAACAGACGUAUCCGUGACCUCAGUUCCUAUGGACCAGAGAUCUACAGUCUGUGCAGAGGACUCACAACUUACAUGGCUUAUGAAGAACAGCAGCAGGAGCAGGGAUCCCAGGUUUGGUACAACCAAAACUCAUGCUACAGACUUGAUGUCCUGAAUCUUUUGGGCAUUGACUACUGUCAGGCUCAGAACGUUUGA